UGCCGGCCUGAGAGCGGGACCAUGGAUGAAAGGUUCAACAAGUGGCUGCUGACGCCCGUGCUCACUCUCCUCUUCGUGGUCAUCAUGUACCAGUACGUGUCCCCUUCCUGCACCAGCUCCUGCACCAACUUCGGGGAGCAGCCCCGCGUCGGGGAGGCUCGCCCUCCCGCCGCCCCGAGUCCUGCCCGACGGGCACAGGCGCCCCCAGAUGAGUGGGAGCGGCGGCCCCAGCUGCCCCCACCACCCCGGGGACCGCCCGAGGGUCCCCAAGGAGUCGCGGCUCCCGAGGAUGAGGAUGAGGAUCCGGGGGACCCCGGGGAGGAAGAAGAGGAGGAGGAGGAGGAGGAGGAGCUGGAUCCCGAGGCGCCCGAAAACGGCUCCCUGGCCCGGUUCGUGCCGCGCUUCAACUUCACCCUGAAGGACCUGACCCGCUUCGUGGACUUCAACAUCAAAGGGCGCGACGUGAUCGUGUUCCUGCACAUCCAGAAGACGGGGGGCACCACGUUCGGCCGGCACCUGGUGAAGAACAUCCGCCUGGAGCAGCCGUGUAGCUGCAAAGCCGGCCAGAAAAAGUGCACCUGCCACCGGCCGGGCAAGAAGGAGACCUGGCUCUUCUCCCGCUUCUCCACCGGCUGGAGCUGCGGGCUGCACGCCGACUGGACCGAGCUCACAAACUGCGUGCCGGCCGUCAUGGAGAAGAAGGAUUGUCCCCGCAACCACAGCCACACCAGGAACUUCUACUAUAUCACGAUGCUGCGGGACCCAGUGUCACGUUACCUGAGUGAAUGGAAACACGUCCAGAGAGGGGCCACGUGGAAAACCUCCCUCCACAUGUGCGACGGAAGGAGCCCCACCCCAGAUGAGCUGCCUACCUGCUACCCAGGGGAUGACUGGUCUGGGGUCAGCUUGCGGGAGUUCAUGGACUGCAGCUACAACUUGGCCAACAACCGACAGGUGCGCAUGCUGGCCGACCUCAGCUUGGUGGGCUGCUACAACCUGACUUUCAUGAACGAGAGCGAGCGCAGCGCCAUUCUGCUGCAGAGCGCAAAGAACAACCUGAAGAACAUGGCCUUCUUCGGGCUCACCGAGUUCCAGAGGAAGACGCAGUUUCUCUUCGAGAGGACAUUCAACCUGAGGUUCAUCUCCCCUUUCACGCAGUUCAACAUCACGCGGGCUUCCAACGUGGACAUCAACGAGGGCGCCCGUCAGCACAUCGAGGAGCUCAACUUCCUGGACGUGCAGCUCUACGAAUACGCAAAAGACCUCUUCCAGCAACGCUACCACCACACCAAACAGCUGGAGCACCAGAGGGACCGCCAAAGGCGGCGGGAGGAGCGGAGGCUGCAGCGAGAACACAGGGCGCAGCAUCGGUGGCCCAAAGAGGACGGGGCCGCAGAGGGGACGGUCACGGAGGACUACAACAGUCAGGUGGUUAGAUGGUGACCCCCCCACCCCGACUUCCUGCUGCUUUUCCAUGACGGGGGAGACAGGCAGGCGCCCUGUCCUCCCCUUGGAUUGCAUUGAAGAAGCUGGGUCCUGAUGCAGGACCUGCCUGGGUGUGACUUGAUUGGGAUGUCUGCUUCCUCUUCUUCGUCUUCAUUUCCAGUCCAAUGGGAAAUUUCCCAUUUUGGUUUUGGUUUUUAUGUUUGUUUUUCCUUUUCCAGACAAUGUCUGAUCACUGAUAUAAGUGGGAUGGAAAUCUUACCCAACAGACCGUUUUUUGGGCGAUGGAGGUUCAGAAGAGAGGCCUCAGAAAGGAGACAGUGUGUAGGAUGGUUGUCACUUACCAGGGGUCAGUUUGGGGAUCUGAAGCCCACAGAAGCACACGGGAAAAACCAAACACGGUGUAGAGACUAUGCUGACUGCAUCCCAUUACACCCGAUAGAACACUGGUCUGCUUGGAGAAAGAGAGAAAGACCCUCUGCCCUUAGAUGGCCCUUCUCUCUCAGUGUUGAACUGGGGAACGGCACAUAUGAUGUUUAAGUCAUGAAUAGCAUGGUUUGUCCUUGCAGAUUUUUUAAAGCAAAAUCGAUAUAACGUAGACGGUAGCUAGAGACUCCUAGUCUGCAAGCUCUGACUUCAGAGCCCCAAACCACGGGUCUUUCAGGGCACAGGGAGCGAACAGGAAAUAAUAAACACUGGUGGGAUAUUUUGGAGAGCACACUUAUUUAGUAAUGACUGAGGAGAUUGUCCAUUACCAGUGUUAAUCCUCCAAGUAAGGGAUAAAAUAAAAUAAUAAAAUAAACAAGAGAGUGAGAGCAAAGAACCAAGAGGGAAACCUCCGCUUCUAAACCAGGUUCAGAGCCUUGGAUGUCACAUUAAAAGAAUGCCAGACCCUUGCCUUGUGGAGCGGGCACCUUCUCAGCCAGGUUUCAAAGUCUGCUGUCACAAAAAGAAGUUUUCAGGAGUCUUACAUUACAGAACAGGAGCUGAACCCAUGAGGACACACGAUGCAUUCGGGAGAUGCAGGGCGGCAUCCAUGAGGCAAUUAUAUCAGGAGUUCAGGGCGAUACGCUGCACCUGACAUUUCCAGUUUCCCUUAGACCUCUGGCCUCCCCACAUGGUCACUGCCCCCGCUCUGCGGCUACAAUCAGAAGUCCAAGCUACAGCAUACAAAACUGAACCAAAAAUACGAUGCAUUGCCCCGGGUUCCUUGGUUUUUUCCCUUUCCCCGCCACAAAAAAAAAAGUCACUUCUGUAGAAAGGAAAGGGAAGUGGGGAGCAGAAAGCCCUUGCCUCUCACUCAGUUGGGAGAUCAGAGUGGGUAGCAAGGCUUACAACACGUUGAUAAGGGAUGGAUCUUUCCAAGCAGCCAAAGGCUUGAGACCCUGAAAUCAGGCUGGAAAGCCUGUUUCACUGACGCCCUACAUGCUUGACUCAUAAGCCAGCUUUCCAUAAACCGCUUCUCAGUCUCCAGGCUGUUCUCUCUGGGGUUGACAGGCCAUGGUCCCCCAGUGUUUACAGAGUGCCCGGUGCAAGGGAGCCUAGCAUCUGAUACAGUCUCCAGCGGACGUGACUGGUGUCUAGCGCACUGUAGGAAAUGUCAUCUUGGGGGCCCUCUUGGGUCGUGCAUGUUCUAAGAGAAGCCCCAUGCUAGACCUUGGGUACCAUCCCCAUCAUAACAAGUUGGAUGCUCUUAGUCCUCAUCGUGUAGCGGAGAAGAUGAAGCCCACAGACGAGAUGAGGCUUCCUUGAGGAUUGAAAGGUAGACCUAGAAAGCUACCAAGCACAAGGUUACUGUUCACACAGUGCUUCCCAGGUGGGGUAAAUCUUCCUGCCAGCCAUACAAGAAGCCAGAUGCUAUCACUCUGAAGUCUUUGCUCCUGGCCCACAGAGGUGGCGUGAAGCGACAAGUCUGCACUCGCGGUGAUCCUGAGCCCUUCUCCCUGAGGGUGGCUGUCCCCCUCGUCACUGAGGGAUGGAUGACUUCUUAAGCAACCACAAUUUCUGACUUACACACAAAAGUAAACUGGAAGUGGACAUUGGACAUUGACUAUGGCUUUUUAGUUGUUGGAGAUGAGGGCCCUCAGACACACAUGUGUCUCCUCAUGACGAUUGGCUCCAGAAGAGGGAGUAGAGUUGGGGGUGGGUUGCAGGAAUGGAUGAGAAGAACACAAUCCAUUGUCGAGAUCGAUUGCUCUGCCAGGAAUGGAAACCUGAAAACCGUGCCUCAGCCAUCAGCUGUGACACACGUGUCCAUAUGUACAACACACACACACACACACACACACACACACACACACACACACACACCAGUACUUUA